CGAGGACAAAAUGGCGGCGCGCUGCAUGUGAAGGGGUCGGACGAGGUGAACGGGAGCCGGCUUUAUGAUCCGAGAACAUGUAUAAAACGCCAUGCAGCAGAUUGUCAGGUUUAGUUGGUGUAAGCGUGAAACAGAAAUUAAUUAGAUGCAACCAAAGCGCCCGUAGUCUUAUCCAGCUGCACAGGAGAGAUCCGUCAAACUGGCUGACGUACCAGCAUCUCAACUUCCUCAAACGCCAGUAUGUAACAAAGAAGAGCAGCGAGCUUCACCAGCGGGCCAUCCCCAAGCAGUCUCCCAUCCUGACCAUCGUGGAUGAGAGAGACGACAGCAUCGAGCGACAGGUGCAGAGAAUACCAACUAUCGAUCCUGUGGUCGCUGAUGCAGAGACACAGGCUGAGGGUGUUAUCAGCAAGACACAGCCAGAAUUAUCCUCCUUAGAUGCCGCUUCACCAGAUGUGACAGCAGAGAAAGUUCUAACUUCAGUUGAGACGCCUCAUGUUCACGUGGAGUCGGACGAGGCGAGAGAAGCUCGACUGGACAAACAGUGGAAGAUUCUGAAGGCUGAUGUGGCCGACCUGCCGGAUAUUUACGCCAAGCUUGCCAAAAUCAAACUCACAGCUCUGGUGGUAACAACAGCAGCAGCUGGCUAUGCGAUGGCUCCAGUACCAUUUGACCCCAUCAUCUUCUUUGCGUCAUCUUUGGGAACAGGGCUCGCUUCUUGCACUGCCAAUUCAAUCAACCAGUACUUUGAGGUGCCGUUUGACUCCAACAUGAACCGAACCAAGAACCGUCCACUCGUCCGAGGACAAAUCAGCCCCCUCCAUGCCGUCUGCUUUGCUGUGGCCUGUGGAGUUCCUGGAGUCACGCUGCUCACGCUGGCAGUAAACCCCCUCACAGGCUUCCUGGGGGCCCUCAACAUCUUCCUCUACACCUGCUGCUACACUCCCCUAAAGAGGAUCAGCAUCACCAACACCUGGGUGGGAGCCGUGGUGGGUGCUAUUCCUCCUGUCAUGGGCUGGACGGCUGCCACAGGUUGUCUGGAGCCAGGUGCCUUGUUGCUGGGUGGUUUCCUGUACAGCUGGCAGUUCCCCCACUUCAACGCCCUCAGCUGGAACUUGAGGGAAGACUACUCUCGCGGUGGCUACCGCAUGAUGUCCGUCACCCACCCGGGCAUGUGUAAGCGUGUGGCUUUACGUCACAGCGUAGGUCUCAUCGGCCUGUCUACGUUAGCCCCCCUUUUGGAUGUCACCACGUGGACCUUCCCUGUCAUCUCCCUCCCCAUAAACGUGUAUAUCAGCUACUUGGCCUUCCGCUUCUACCGCAAGGGAGACCGCAGCAGCGCCCGCAAGCUGUUCUUCUGCAGCCUGUGGCACCUGCCCAUGCUGCUGCUGCUGGCACUCACCUGUAAGAAGCCACGUAAGGAUCCUGAGAGUCCGGCUUUACCUCCACCUCCUUUAGCACUGCAGAGCUAGCUCCCCUCAUAGACCCUUUAUCUCACUGAGACUGUCCCUCAGUGUCUCUUUUAACCACUUGUUAUUUCUCAGAGCAGCUGGAUGAUGGACUCCUGAUUUAAUCUGUGUUUAAUUUAACCCAGCAGUGCUCAUCGAGAUCAGGAAAUGAGCUGGAAACAAUUGGAUCAAAAUUAACAGAAACACACAGAAUUAUUACACCAGGUUGUAAUCAUUUCAAUGCGUGUGUACUCACUGUAUAUAUUCUGUAUUUAUUUAUGUAGAGGCCCAGCUGUUCCUCUCCAUGUUGUACAUGACUGAUGUUAAAUGACCCUGUACAGUGUAAAUUGCUCGUAUGGAUCCAUGCAGGGAACUCUGUCUGCAGAUUUACAUUGCAUUGUGCAAAUGCAACAUAGAGGAAGAGAAUAUAUUUAUAACAAAGUUAGGGCUGAUCCUGACUUAGAAUUUAGUCAGGGAAACCUGAUUUUGACUCCCAUUUAAUCUCCACAAGAGUCAGGUCUUACCUGAAUGACACUUAUCAGUGCUAAAGUGAAGAAAAAAACAUCUGACAGCUGUCCUUGUCUGCUAGAAACUCCUUAUAUUUUAAGUUAAUUCUUUGAAGCCCUAGCUAAGAGCUGCUAAGAGAUUUUAACAUUAAAAUGCUACAUUUAGCAUUUUUAGCAGCUUGAUUUACCAUGUCAAACAUGUACCAUGUUUGUUAUGACGGACUCUUCAUAGAUAACAGUGCUGACUUUAAAAGUUGUGAAAGAGAAAUACAGAAGGGACCUAAAUAAUGAGAAGAGCUAGUGAAAGCUCUGCUUCAGUCCACCUGAGAGUCAUCAGCCCUUUUCAUAUACUCACUCCUGGAAAUAUUGAGGAAAAACUCAGGAAGUAGGCCCCUGACAUCUUCUGAGUUACUCACAUAAAAAAAACUUUUUGUCCUUUUAUCGGUGCUUCCUAUAGUUUGACAUAUUUACUAUUAGAGCUGAAGGAUGUAUUGUUUUCAAACUGCAAUUGCAGUGUGCAAAUAUGCAACAUUUGCAGUGCAGGACAUGCAUUGUGACCUGAAGUACAUCAUGCUGCAGCUUCUUAAUUUUGGUGCAAACCAAAGCUGCCAGUUUUCUCCUUUCUAUGGAUUUUCACUAUAAAAGUCUGCCUGAUAUCAUCAAGGCAGAUCUUAAGUGAGUGUAUUCUUCCUGCCAGCAGCACCUCAUCCCGGGGCCCUUUUUAUUUAACCUUUAUUUAGCCAGGCUAGUCCUACUGAGACCGGUGACCAGUCCAGGGUGCACCCUUCAUCUUGCCCAGUGACAUUUGGGAUAGGCUCCAGCCCCUUGCGAUACCAAACCAAAUAAGCAGUGUAGAAAAUGGAUGGAUGGAUAGUCCCAUUGAGAUCAGAGAGCUCUUUUUUAAGGAGACCUGACCAAGAAUAGCAAAAGUGCUCAUACAGCUGGAGCUAGACACUGAUGAGAUGUAAUGGAGGUGGCUGGGGUGGAGGAGGGAUGCAAUGUUCCCAUUGAAACAACAGACUGACUGCAGAGGAGAGGAGAACAGAUUUUAGAAUAUGACAGAAACAGGAUGAUUGUAUCAAGAGGUCGUGGCAGAAUGGGAUUGGCUCAGAAUUUGAGUAGAUGCCCAUACCAGCUGAUAACCAGAGCAGGGAACAGCAGAAAAAAGAAGACACGUGAAUGAGUGAUUGUUAAUGAAUGAGGGACGUAUGGGAAUGAGCUUGAAUUUACACUAAGCUUUAUCACUAUGAGCAUUUAUAGAUGUUAACAACAACUUCUGGAACAAUGACGCUCAGAAAGUUCUGAUUCAAGAGUUUUCACAAAAGAUUAAAAAAUAUUUAGAGUCUACAGGUUUUGCAGUUUCAAGUUAGUCUGCAGAUUGUUCCAAGAAAAAGGGGCAGAAAACCCGAAAGCCGCCUUCUUGACUCGGUUCAGACUUUGGGAACAACAAACUGCACAAAGUCAAACAAACUCAGGUUGUGCAAUCCAUCUGCCAAGAUUGGAAGAGAGGAAAGGCAGUCUGGAAUCUGGCUUUUAUAAAUGAAGAUACACCAGUGUCCAAGAUGAAGUGUACUCAAAGAAGAAGCUGACUUUAGAAUACCAAAUAAAGGUCGAAAAGCUGGCUCAGCUAGUCUCUUUUUGUCAUAAAAGGAGAAACAGGACUUUGACCAGUCUAAACCUUAGACAUCCACUCAUGGUUCACCUCAGCGGCAGGUGUGCACUGCACUUUGAGAGUCACAGUAACCAAACAUGGUGAGUUUUCAUCUUAAGGUCACACUCAUGGCUGAUCAUGUACUGUAUGUGGCUUUGACAUUGUUAGAAAUGGUAGGUGACAUUUAAGAUAAAAAAAAAGUAAGCAACAAAUUUUAAGAGUUUAUGGAGAAACAUGUUCCUCCAUCUCUUCUCUCUUGCUUCUUCUUGUCAGGAGGCUGGACCCAGUGUGUUAUAUUUGAAAUCUUAAAAUGUCUUAAAGACCAAAGUUUGAAAAAAGAGAAUUCAGCUAAUGUAUUGUCAGGCCAAAACCUUGUAUCUCCAUUCUUCAUGAUUUGGAUUGUUUUUUUCAUGAGUCAAUGCUAUUGUUAACCUUUACAUCCACCAGUUGGUUUUAACAAAAUUUACAGCAGUAUAAAGCAUCAAAAAGAUGCCAACUAUGACCAUUCAGUGUUAAGUUCUUGGAAAAAUGCAGUGUAUUGUUCAUUUCCUGUGUGAUUUGGAGAUACGAGGUUUGUCCAGAUACCAGUGGUACAUUCAAAUCUACUGCAGUUGUCCAGUAUAAUUUAUUUUCACAUUUGAAAAUUGCUUUAUUUACCUAUUGCAGAACAAAAAAUAGAUUGCAAUUUCAGUUUUUUCAACCAUAUUCAAGAACAUACAGGAGAACAGAAAACUUAAUGAAGCAGCCUUAUUAUCUACGCUGAAAUCCCAACAUUUGCGUACAGUCUCAUGCACCAGUCCCGGGAUAUCAGUGCCAUCUCCUCUCCUACUAAGUCAUGUAGAAAUCUUCCUGAAUAUUUUCAGCUCCAUUCUCAAAUCAGCUCACCCCAACUCCAGGUGGGAAAUUCACAAGGGAUGUGAGAAGAAAAAAUACCCGACCAAGUGGAGGUGUAAUAUCCACCUGUUAGCAGCUCAACUAAAACAACUGAAGGAAGUUUCCAGGAGUUUUCUGCAUAUGAAAAGGGCUGAAAAAAGUCUGAUUGUGCUCCUUUCUGGGUGUUUUAACGGUUUGAUUAAAGUUUAAAUGAGUCAUUUUCAGCUUGAUUGAUUAAAACAUCAACAGUUUAGCUUCUGGUAAAAAAAAGAAAAAAAAAGAGGCAGAAAAAAACAACUUCAUGGUCAUUUGGAGACUUUUUUUUGCUGUUUUCAGCCUGAAUGUUGUUGAUCUAGCUCUAACAGCUUUAACAAAAUGCAGCAAUUCAGCUGAUAUAUGGGAGUCAACUUUGGGUCUUCCUGACUCAUUUUUUGAAUCAUGGACUUCUUUGAAAUGUUAUGAAAGGCUUUGAGCUUUGUUUUCAGAUUUUAAAAACAGGACAAAUACAAAGUUAUUCUGAAGCAGCUGUUGUUCGACUUUGACCUCAACCCUGUUACUUGACUGUUUUGAACGCCUCAUUGUAUUUUGCAGCUCUGCAGACGCACUGAUGGCUCAUUUAUGUAACGCAGCACGGUUAAUUCAACACGGUUGUGAUGCACCAAAACAAGGAGAAUGCUUAACCUCUGUGAGAAACACGAGGGCGAAUAUUCUCUGACAAUAAAACACGUCAUG